AGAUAGUAGCGAACCAAAACGACCAAUUCUGGCAUCAGGCAAGCAGCAACCGGAUCAUCAUCAUCAUCAUUUCACCGACUUCGAAGUUCAGAGAUAGAGACAGAGAGAGGUGGGAAGGGAAGGCUGCACCGAAUUCUUGAGUUGUGGAUUGUUGCGUGUGAAAGGAGAUGGGGAGUUUUGACGUGUCGGUUCAGGCUCGAGGCCGAUUGGCCGUUCUCUCGGCUCACCUCUCGGCCUCGGAGUCGCUCCAAUCCGACGCCGUCUCGCAGCCGGCGAUCGAGGCCUCCGGUGUCUCCGCUCAUUCGACCUUCGCGCCGCCGCCCAAUCUCAGGGGCUCGCUCACCGUCGUCGACGAGAGGACAGGUAAGAAGUACCAGGUUCAGGUCUCCGAGGAAGGGACUGUCAAAGCUACGGAUUUAAAGAAGAUAACAACGGGAAAGAAUGACAAGGGGCUCAAGCUUUAUGAUCCAGGCUAUCUCAACACAGCUCCUGUCCGUUCGUCAAUUUGUUAUAUUGAUGGGGAUGAGGGAAUCCUUAGAUAUAGGGGUUACCCAAUUGAAGAAUUGGCAGAGGGUAGUUCCUUUUUGGAAGUGGCCUACCUUCUAAUGUAUGGCAAUUUACCAUCAGAGAGUCAGUUAGCUGAUUGGGAAUUUGCUGUUUCUCAACACUCAGCUGUUCCACAGGGAAUAUUGGAUAUCAUACAGGCAAUGCCGCAUGAUGCUCACCCAAUGGGUGUUCUGGUCAGUGCAAUGAGUGCCCUUUCUAUCUUUCAUCCAGAUGCUAAUCCAGCUCUCAGAGGCCAAGAUUUAUACAAGUCUAAGCAAGUAAGAGAUAAACAAAUAGUGCGUAUACUUGGGAAGGCACCAACCAUUGCAGCAGCAGCUUAUCUGAGGUUGACAGGAAGGUCUCCUGUCCUUCCCUCCAGCAACCUUUCUUAUUCAGAGAACUUCUUAUAUAUGCUAGAUUCAUUUGGUAAUAGAUCUUACAAACCAAAUCCUCGACUGGCACGUGUGCUGGAUGUUCUCUUUAUAUUACAUGCAGAACAUGAAAUGAAUUGCUCCACUGCUGCUGCUAGGCAUCUGGCAUCAAGUGGUGUUGACGUAUACACAGCCCUUGCUGGAGCAGUUGGAGCUCUGUAUGGUCCUCUUCAUGGUGGAGCAAAUGAGGCUGUGCUUAAAAUGCUGAGUGAGAUUGGAACAGUUGAGAAUAUCCCGGAGUUCAUUGAAGGUGUGAAAAACAGGAAGCGAAAGAUGUCAGGUUUUGGGCAUCGCGUCUACAAAAACUAUGACCCCAGAGCAAAGGUCAUAAGGAAACUGGCAGAGGAAGUUUUCUCAAUCGUUGGCCGAGAUCCUCUCAUUGAGGUGGCUGUUGCUUUGGAGAAAGCUGCACUAUCAGAUGAUUAUUUUGUUAAGAGGAAGUUAUAUCCAAAUGUUGAUUUCUACUCGGGAUUAAUUUAUAGGGCAAUUGGUUUCCCUACGGAGUUCUUUCCUGUUUUGUUUGCAAUCCCUCGUAUGGCUGGCUACUUAUCUCACUGGCGAGAGUCACUGGAUGACCCCGACACAAAGAUAAUGAGACCAGCACAGGUGUAUACUGGUGUAUGGUUGCGACAUUAUAUGCCACUCAAAGAACGGGUGGUGUCAAAUGUAGCAGAUAAACUCGGUGAAGUAUCUGUUUCAAAUGCCACCAGGCGCAGGCUGUCUGGAACCGGGGCAUAGGCUUCGAACUUAAUCAACGUCAGAAUUCAAGAUGGCCAGAUAAUAAUGACCUGCCGCCAACGGUUAGGUGCCCUUCAUAAAAAUCACAUCUUGCUUUAGAAAAGCAUCUUGGUUAGCUUUUGUCCAAUUGAUGUAUUAUGACAUAACUAAGCAAUAUAUAAAUUCAGGAUAUAAUGUGUUAAUAAACAAAUUCCUCAAAACCCAGACUGAGUCUACUACUUUUGUUGCAUAUUUCUAGUUUCGGUGUUAAAUAAAUGUGAAAUUAGUUGCUGGGUGGUUAAA